UAUUUAAUAUUCCUUCUUCUUCACCAAGUAACGAAAAUAUUUCCAUACUUUGGAUAAAAAAACGGAUAAGAAAAUUCAAAUAAAAAGGAAGGACACAAAAAGCAGAGAGAUUUAUACAAAAAUCUGAAAACCCAGAAAAGUUUGAAAGUCCAGAGAGAUUUGUACAGACACCUGAAAAUCCAGAACCCAGAAAAAUUUAGAGAGGGAGAAAUGAAUGGUGGUACGAGAAAUGAAGAACCUGGAGCGACCCGGAAGCGCGUCUGUGAUUACUGUGGGACUUCAAUGGCGCUGCUGUACUGCAGAGCGGACUCCGCCAAGCUCUGCUUCUCCUGCGACCGCGAGGUCCACUCGGCCAAUCAGCUUUUCACGAAGCACACUCGCUCGCUGCUCUGCGACGCGUGUGAUAAAUCCCCUGCCUCUAUUUUUUGCACGACGGAGGGCUCUGUUCUGUGCCAGAACUGUGACUGGGAAAGCCACAACAUUUCGUCGUCCACGGUGGCGACGGCCGUGCACGAUAGGAGGCCGCUGGAGGGGUUUUCUGGGUGUCCUUGUUUGAGUGAGUUGCUUGCGGUUGUUGGGUUUGAGAACAUGGAUAAAAAAACUCUGCUUUUGAGUGAUGAGGACGGCGGCGGCCGAGGCGGCGGAGGUGGUGGUGGGUUUUUGGGAUGUGGGGUUGAUGGCUUUUCGGAUUUGGAAGAUGGGUUUUCAGACUUUCUGGUUUGGGAUACUCCCUCUGUUGUUAGUCUUGAUGAUUUGAUCGUUAGCAAUCCGGCUUACAAAUUUCAGGCCAUGGGAGUUCCUCCUCUGCCUAAGAAUCGCAAUGCUGCUUGUGGCCAACACAAGGAAGAGAUAAUUCAUCAGCUUCGUGUGCUUGUCAAGUCGGAACCCGACCUGUUUAGCGAAGAUGUGGAUGUUAAAUCCCGCAAGGGAUUCCAAUCCCUCGCGUCCGAACCAAAUACGCAACCAGCAAGUUUCUUCACAGGUUUUGGACAUGAUGCAGAACCAACUGCAUUUCCUGCGCAGGAGGCACAUGAAUCGCAGUAUAAUGGUUUCAAGGCUGAAAAUCAUGAUUCGUGCCUGAAAACAUCAAUGAGGAGCUACCUUCAGGAUUGCUUUGUAGUUCCUGACAAACAUUUGUACAACGAUGGCACUGGAAGUCGUGAUAAUGAGGGUCAUGGAGGGCAAAAGAACUCCAAAGCCUCUUCAGGUUUUCCGAAAGUUGUUCCACAUGAGAUAAGUUGUCAAAACAGAGAGACCGCUCUCUCGCGGUACAAGGAGAAGAAGAAAACAAGGAGGUAUGAGAAACAAAUCAGAUACGAAUCACGGAAGGUUCGAGCAGAAAGUAGGACGAGAAUUAAAGGACGUUUCGCGAAGAUGGAUUGCUGAUAGAAUGGCAAGAAAAUAUGACACUAGACCAGACUUUUGUUGCCUCCCAUUCACACAUCACCUUCUUCUUCAACAGCUUUGACAAUCAGAUGAAAAGAGUUUUUACUGGGAUCAAUCCGGACAAGAAGUUAGAACAUUUUGCUAGGGUCAUCAAAACACUGGUAUACAGUCCCUGAGGAAAUUAAGAUGCUAUUAAAGUUAGAUUAUGGAUAUUUAUUGUUAAUCUUGUAUGUAGCUUUUGAAGCUGUAGUUCGGACCCUUUGCUUGCUUAUUUCUGAAAGAUGAACCAUCUUGUACUUGUAUUAGGCUUCUCCCUUUGUAGUGAUCAAAAGAGAUAAUAGAAAUGUACAAAGCAUCUUAUGUAA